UCGGCGUGCCGCCCCCUCCAGAUGGGGUUUUGACGCCCCCUCUGGUGCUGCGCCCCUAUGCAUUGCAUGCCUGCAUACCCACUUUUUGCGCCAUUAUUGAUAAUGGAGCUCUCCACAGCUGAACUUCAACUAGACAAUGACAAUGAAAUUAUUUCACAUUUAAGACAAACAGAAUCACAGGCAGCAGAUGCAGUGAAUCUCUCAGACAAUCAACAAACCUGCACACAGGACAUCAAUGCUGUGCUGAGAGAGAUGAGCUCCUCAUUGGCUGGACUGAAGGUUGAUAUGGAGUAUCUACAGAGAGAUAAUGAAGCCAAGACAAAAGAACUGGACUUGCUAAAACAACAAUACCAAGAGCAAGUCACAAAAGUAAGACGUCUUGAGCAGCAGUACCAAGAGCAAGUCACAAAAGUAAGAAGUCUUGAGCAGCAGUGCAAAGCAAAACAUGUGGCGUUCUCCGCCUCAGUGUUCACUGGGGGUGCUCAAGGAUACAUAGGACCAUUUGACACAGAAACAGUUCUGGUCUUCAGACAUGUUGCUACAAAUAUUGGAAAUGCCUACAACCCAAACACAGGGAUUUUUUCUGCACCCAUCAGAGGAGUCUAUCAUUUUGAGUUCUACCUACAUGGACAUGGACAUAAAUCAAUACAUACAGCUGCUACGUUGGUCAAGAAUGGGCAGCAAAUCUUCACUGCUUUUGAAGGGCAACCUUCCUAUUCUGUUAAUCCUUCGAAUGGGGUGAUUUUACAUUUAGAGUCUGGAGAUGUUGUUUUUGUGCGUCUCUGGAGGAAUUCAAGAAUUUAUGACACUUGUAAUAAUCAUACAACGUUCAGUGGCCAUUUGCUUUUCCCCAUGUGAGCAGGAAACAUAUCUAAUUUUCUUUCUCCAUCAUUUUUUUUGGUGACUUAUAAUUAAAUAUUGCAGAAGGUUACAUUGUUACAUAAUGUUUUGAUUAUGUUAAAAUAAAAAUAUUUGCAGCAGGAUUUGCUGGCUUUUUUCAGUACAGUCCUAGGUUAGACCCAUUAUCAGCUUUACAUCAGCAAGUUCAAGAGUCUGUAAUUUUACUGAGCUCCUAAUUUAGAAAAGUAAAAUCAAAUCUUUAAAAAUAUUGUUUAUUUCAGCUUUUAUUUUCUUUAAAAUCAUUUGAGUGUAUGCCUAAUUUGGAACACAAAAKAAACCUUAAUGAAGAAUAAAAAGAAACACCAAUAUAGAACCAGAAUAACAGUCAAAAGGGAAUUAUUAAAUUCAAUAAUAACAUUUUUAAGCAGAAUUAARUAUAUUCCUGAAGGCAGCAAAAACAUUAUGUAAGGACUUUAUUGCUCAGCACACAUUGAAUGUUUAAUCACAUGCAGUAAAUUAAAAUAUGUUGUGAUGAGGAUGUUUGUUCUAAUUGUAAAUGUGAUAUYUUCAUUUGCUGUAAACUGAAAAUCAUCAUAACAUAAUUAAAGGUG